CCGGUGGUUAUUAAGGGUGUCCUUACGGCGGAAGACUCGCGUUUGGCUGUUAAUGCCGGUGCGGACGCCAUCUUUGUGUCCAAUCAUGGCGGCCGACAGUUGGACGGAUCGCCAGCUACUAUGGAGGCCUUACCGGAAAUCGUGGCGGAGGUGGGCCGGGAGGUCGACGUCUAUCUGGACGGCGGUGUCCGCAGUGGUAGCGAUGUAUUCAAAGCACUAGCUUUAGGGGCAAAGGCUGUGUUUGUGGGCCGACCCGUGUGUUGGGGUCUCGUCUAUAAUGGCUCCGAUGGGGUUAAGGCUGUGUUGGAUAUACUGUACAAAGAAUUGGAUAAUAUUAUGACAAUAGCCGGCUGUCCCACUAUAGGUGCCAUCACACAAUCCCAUACACUGGCCGAUGAAGAUAAUACACCCCUGGUUAAAGUGCUUGUGUUUUACACGCCCUUCAGCAAGAAAGCCAUUGAUUUCAUUAAAUUGAACACAAAGGGCCAAAAGGAGGGCAUUUGGGACAUCAUGGCGCCCAAGGAUGGCACGGUGGACCAGAUCAAAUAUAGGAUCGAGGUCGAUUAUAUACCAUGGGGUAGGAAUACCCGUACUCUUGAGGCUGAUGGUAAACUCAAAUACGACUGCAGCGCUGAAACUGAUACCGAUUGUUUGGGCGAGAGAUUACAUGCAUGCAUCGCGCACAACAAUGGCGUACUGCACCACAAUCACCACGAGUUCUUCAUGAUAUUGUGUACGGCACAACAGGACGACUGGAAAACAAAUCCCCUUGGUAACAUUGCCACGUGCGCCAAGGAUAUCAACGACGAGAUCGAUGAUGGGUUUGGUUUGCGUGAGUGCGCGGCCAAGGAUAGCACCGAUGGGAACCGGUAUAUCGAUGAGGCCAUAUCCGCCACCAACGUUAUUAGCAUUUUCGAGGACAUUACUAACGCGGAUAACGAACCAUUGAUUUACAUCAAUGGCGAACGUAAUGACGCCGCCCGCACUGACCUAAGGACUCAAGUGUGCAGGGCGUUCCCGAGCGACCAAAGACCUGUGGAAGAGUGUAAAGAUGUUAGCGAUGGCAGCGCCACCCUGUACUUCAACUCGGCGGUACUGAUUGUAGCCAUAGUGGGCGUGCUGUACAACGCGUGGCUAUAACGCGCAUGCUACUGCAAUAUUUUCCGAGUGGUAUAAAGUCUAAAAAAAUUUCGUAAUAAACCGGCAUAAAAUUUGUUCAUUUGUUAUCAAAGAUUUUAAUUAUGUUUCAUAAAAUUAUAUGACUAUACAGCG